AUGCACCCAUCAGUUGUUAGACUUGUGAAACCACGUCGUCCAGAGAGAAUCACCUCCCCUAUACUCCCACCGCUCCCAUUAUACCGUGCAAUCUUACGUGCCCACCACCGCAAGUUGCCCCAAGAGUUGCGGUACUUGGGCGACCAGUAUGUGAAAAAGGAGUUCAAAGACCAUAAAAAGAUCGACAACCCCCUCCACAUCGUCGGCUUCUUAACCGAAUGGCAAGACUACUUGAAACAGAUCGACGGCGGGUCUUGGCUGCACGGAAAGUUGAGUAAAGAUGAUCUCGACAAAAUGUCGCCUGAACAAAUCGGACAGCUACACGAAUUGAUGGAAGCAACAAAGAAAAUCGGUGAAGAAAGUAUAUAG